AUGCCUCCCAAAAAAAAAGUAACAUGCUCAGUUUGUGGUGAAAAAGGUCACAACAAAAAGUCUAUAAAAUGUAAAGACAAUCCCGAAUUAAAAACUGCAGCUGACUAUGAUGAAUAUGGUUUGCUCCAUUGUUGUGCAAGCCUCUUCCACCAUAAACAUAAGAAAGAAUUGAGACAAACCUGUCCAAACCCGGCAAUUCUAUCCAAUGAAUUUAUCAAAGUCUGGACCAAAAUAGAACCACCAUCUCAAAAGAACAAGCCAGAGAGUUAUGGCGACCGAUGCAAGUGUGUCCAAAACCAUUGUAUUUGUGGUCUAAUAGAAGGCCUCUCUGAUGAAGCUAGGAAUGGUGCAUUUGUCUCUUUAAACUCUCCCUCGCUGAUGACAGCCCAAGCAAUAUUGAAUGCUCUUAUCGAUCCACGUCAAAAUUUUGCGACCGACGUUGUUUCAGAGAAACACCUGGAAACUAAAUAUCGUCGCCAGAUGGGUAUCAACAUUGGCCAGGGUGACAUUAGAAAAAAAUUUAGUGAUGCCGAUAAAGUAAUGGAUCCAAGUGAUAAACUUUAUGGAGCAGUCAUCUUUGAUACCAUGAACACUUUAAAAGGUAACAAAUUUUUCAGACCCUUGGAUGCCAUUAAGGAUAUUUUAAAGAGCAGGAGAAUGAUAGAAGGUGGUUUGUUGACUCUCACUAUAUGCAGAAGAGGCAAUGUAAAAGAUGCCCACAAAGAGGCACAUCGUCGCCUCACCAAAAUGGCAUUUGAAAAUGGGUAUAGAUUGGAAAUGAAGGUUGGCACCGACAAGAAUCCUGGUGAUCGUUACACCAGCGAACCUAAAAGAGGUCGUACAAGGGGAAGCAAUAUGGUCUUCUUGGCCUACACUGUCCAUUCAUUAACUGAACCCAAUUUAUAA